UCCAUUAAUUAAUCGUAGUUAACAGCGGAAGAGAAUGCCGGGAAAUGGGAUCCUGAAAUCCGCCGUCGCGGAAGACAAGUCGAAGUCAACCAGCUCCGGCGCCCGCCGCUUCGUGGGAGUCCGGCAGCGGCCGUCGGGGCGGUGGGUGGCGGAGAUCAAGGACUCGUCGCAGCGGGUGCGGCUGUGGCUCGGCACCUUCGACACGGCCGAGGAGGCGGCGCGCGCCUACGACGAGGCUGCGCGGGCGCUGCGCGGCGAGAACGCCCGCACCAACUUCGCUGGCGCAGGCGCCGCCAUCGGCGCCUCCGCUCUGGCCGCGCUGCGGGCGAGGCUGAGCGGGGGGAUCCGCGGCCUCGUGGGCGGCGGCGGAAUCUCUCGAAGUGCGCAUGGACAGGGGAGCCGGAACAGGGUGAGCGACCAGUCGACGUUCGCCAGUAUCUUCCACCGCCACGGCUGCGGAGGAGGCGAAUUCCGUCUCGGCGGAGGCAGUGGACCGGCCACGGAGAUGGCGGUGCCGCCCAGCAUCAUCGUGCCGGCGAAGACGACGACGACGCCGGAGGACCCAGCGGCGCUUCCGGCCGAAGGUGCAGAGGAGGAGCAGGGUGCCCUUUGGCAGGAGGGAGAGAUAGCAUCCGGUGUCCUCGGCGGCGGAGGAAGCAAAAGGUUCAAGGUGUCGUCGUCGGUGAUCGUCCCGCCGUCGUUUAGUGGAUUAGUGAGCGACUGAAUGGAGUAAUUAGUAAUCAGAUAAGGUAAUUAAGCUUCCUUCCGAAGGAAAGAGAAGUGACAGCUGGCAAUUAAAUUCGUCGACUCGAAAAUGUAUUAUAUGCAAAUGGGUAAAAUACAUUUAACCCCUCUAUUUUCUAUCCAAUAGCAUUUUACCCCCUUUAUUGAAAGAAUAACA